AGUGAGUCAGGCAGCGGGAGGCCCACGCACGGCGGCGCGCGCCCAGCUCGCGCUUGGCGCGCGCAUGUGGCCCAUGGCGGACCCCGAGCCCGACGGCAAGCGGCGCUGGGCUGCGGCGUCGGCGCGCACGCUGGCCAGGCGGCGCCGACGCGCAUGGCGCGCCGCUGUCGGCGAGUCGCGGGCGCUGGCCAUCAGCAGGAGGGUUGACAUUUUCAGGAGGUCGCUUGGGGCCCAUUGGGCCCUAGGCGACGCGCUGGGCGGCCAUGAGGCCUCGAUCAUGGCUGCGGUGGGAGCGGCCAAGCUCAUCGGCCUGGACGAGCUCGCGGCGCUGGCCGAGGAGCUCGGCAUCUCGGCCAACUGGGCUCGGCACGCUGCACCGCCUGGCCUGGCGCGGCUCCGCAAGGUUCCCUCGGGGAUCGUGGCGACGGAGCUGGAGAAGUUCCGCGCCCGACUCCAUUCCCCCGAGUUCGUGGUGGUCACCUCGCUGAUGGCGGAGGCGCGCCCGUCGCAGUGCGACGACGGGGACGAGUUGGAGUCGGAGAGGCAGCAUGAGCAGGCCGUUCGGACGGCGCUGGCGUCCACCAGCGGCAACGCCGGCGAGGGCUUGGAGGUGGCAGCAACGGCUUCCGAGGUCGAGGAGGGCGUCGCCCCCAGCUGCCCCGACUACCAGCAUGAGCGCGGCAAUGAGCAGGAGUACGAGGAUCUGACGAUGCGCCCCGACGUGGUCGAUGCCGUGGUGGAUGGCGACCCCAGGGGCGAGGACAUCGGCCUGCUGGAUGCCGUGCUGGAUGUGCCCGCUGGCGGCCUGAGCAUCGGGACUGGCCCCGCUGGCGAGAGUCUGAAGGAGGAGCCGUGCGUGUUCGACGUCACGGACGAGGAGCCGAUGGACCCUGCGGUGCUCGCGCCCGUGCGCGCGAUGGAGCGCGCCGUCCCGCGGGCAGCCCCUGGUGUUCCGCCGAGGGGCUUGGUCGAGCAGUGGGGCCACGUCGGCAAGAAUCCGGAGCCAGCUGGCAGCCCGUGCGAUCGUUGGGCAGCCCUGGCUGGCGAUGAGGACGACGGCAUCGGAGAGUACGACGCCGACCCCGUCCAUUUCGGCGGCACGGUCCAUGCGUGUGCGCCCAUCGCACGGUCCCCCGUUGUACACGCCCCUGACGAGAAGUCGAUUGGUGUGAGAGGCAGCGGCGGUCUGUGAGUGGCGCGAGGCGCAGCUGUGCUGGCAGCGGCGUCACCGCUCGGCCGCUCCCUGAGUGGCAUCCCGUUCGUCGCGAUGCUGCUGGGCGCGUGCUUCGUGGUCUACGUCGCGGCUGGGCGGGGGAGGAGCUCCCACAGGCUCGUGUCCUGUGGGCCUCCCCCGAGGCCAAAAGACGCAACUCAUUGUUGCUCCGCUUGAGUCCCGCUU